UCUUCUCUUUCGAUAGCCUCAGUCAUUUCUCCAUUUCUGAUUUCUUCGUUGCUGUUCGACGUGAGGUAGCGUUUCGAACGAGUUGCUAAACUAAAAGCCUUCUUCGCCUUCUUUGACGACGAUCCUUUCAGUUCGCCGUUCUUGCUGUUGGAUCGGAAGUAGCGACGGGAGCUCGCUCGCUGUGAAGGGUUUCUGCCCGGGAAGUAAAGGUACUUGAAUCCUUCAGGGGGUUUUAAGAUCGAAUAUAUCUGUUACUUUCUGCAAAAAUUGAAGAAGAUUACCAAAAUAAAGGGUUUUUUUAGAGGGGAAAUUUUCUGGUUAGAUUUGUGUUACCUCUGUGAAAUUUAGUCUGCCAUGGUGAUUGAUUCGAUUGGUGCUUCUACAUCACUUAUUGGAUGCCGCCCGCUCUACAAAAGGGCUUCCUCCUGCAAAAGGCGAAUGGAGGUGUGCCCAUGGCUUACGACUGAGCUCAAGGGUCGUAGGUUGAUCUGCUCAAAAAAUUUGAUCAUUAUCACAAACCAAAGAUGUGCUUUUUUCCCUUCAUUCACAAUCAAAUCUCUUGCAAUGGAGUUGACUAAGGAAGUAAGGCCGGUAGAAGAUCAGUUGUCCCGUGGCUUGAAGUACCCUGGUGAUACUGUCCUGAACCCUAGCUGGCUAUGGCCGCCACCAAACAAGGCUGAUAACUCAUCCUUGCACAAUCCAUUGCUUCGGCAAGAAAGAAUGGGGUGUGGCUGGUUAGGUGUAAUCUUUGAGUGGGAAGGUGUUAUUGUGGAAGAUGACCCUGAAUUGGAGAAGCGGGCUUGGUUAGUUCUAGCUCAAGAGGAAGGAAAAUCUCCUCCCCCUGCCUUUGUGUUAAAAAGAAUUGAAGGAAUGAAGAAUGAACAAGCUCUUUCAGAGGUCCUUUGCUGGUCUCGAGACCCUUCUCAGCUCUGUCGGUUAGCCGCUCGCAAGGAGGAGAUACAACAAAAUCUUCAGGGUGGAUUCUAUCAGAUACGAUCUGGGUCACAAGAGUUUGUGAGUACUCUUAUGAAACAUAGAAUCCCUAUUGCAGUGGCAUCAACACGACCCCGAAGAGUCCUUGAGAAAGCAAUGGAGGCUGUUGGGUUGCAAAAUUCAUUAGACGUAAUUGUCGCGGCAGAGGAUGUGCAUAGAGGAAAGCCAGAUCCUGAGAUGUUUGUGUAUGUUGCACAGCUCCUUAAUUUUAUACCGGAGAGGUGCAUUGUGGUUGGGAAUUCAAACUCCUCAGUGGAGGCUGCUCAUGACGCAAGGAUGAAGUGUGUUGCAGUAGCUAGCAAACAUCCAUUGUAUGAGCUUGGAGCUGCAGACCUUGUGGUGCGACAGCUUGAUGAGCUCUCUAUUGUUGAUUUGAAGAACCUUGCCGCUGUUGAAUCCCCAGAAUUUGAUUCAGGUGAGCCAGAUUUGGAAUUGGAGGAAGAAGACGAGCCUCCUGCUUCAUCUGUUGCUGUCGAUGAUCACUUCUGGUAAGUUGAAUUAUCAUUGUAUAGUUUACAGUUUAUUUCCUGAUUGGUUAAAAUUUAAUAAACUGGAGCAGCUAGGGAUUGGUGACCUUGUAUAUGGUUAAUUUAAUGUCAAAUGCUCUAAUUACUGGAUGUUUGUAAAUAUGAAGUAAAUGCAGUAAAUAUAGAUCGUUUAUUGUAUAUUUCACUUUGCGCUACACUUGUGUUGAACUAUGCAUUCUAUGUACAUGUAUUGCAAGUUUAUUAGAUUUGCGCUGAAGGA